AUGCCUUAUAUCCAUGAAAGAGUAAGCAUGCGAAUGAAGCUUAACCCUACGUCGGAAGAUCUGAAGGGGUGUCAGUGUAAGAAACUCCCCUUCGCAUCAGCUGUUAUGUUUAGGGAGAGCUCCGAACAUCUGCGCUUCAUCAGCGGAACCAUGGGCUUCCAUACUACCGGGGAUUUGAGCUUGAGUUGGCUUCACCCCGUAUAUGGGCUACUAGUCAACAGCGCCACGAAGAGGCCCAAGCUCGUUGCUGUUGGCGAGCACGCUGAAGUCUUUCAACGUCAGACAAUGCUCAUAAAAAUAAAUCGGCAGUCACCCAUUGCAGGUGCGCACAUCCUCUUGGCAGUCACCCAUUAA